AUGCUCGCCCAAGAUGGAACGUCAUGGUACUUCAACCCUCCAGCUGCUCCUCACAUGGGAGAAAAAUGGGAGGCAGUAGUGAAGUCGAUGAAACACCAUCUCCAUCGGACUAUGGGAGAGACUCUUUACACGCUUGAAGAGAUCACGACGUUGCUCACUCAAAUCAAAGCGAAACUUAACUCUAGACCACUAGAACCACUUACCAAUGAUCAAGAGGAUUUAGACACGCUUACUCCAGGACACUUCUUUGUAGGAUUGGCGCUAAACUCACCACCAGAACCGUGCUUGUUGGAUUUACCUCCAGCAAGGCUCACUCGCUGA